UUCCCCUGUCGGAGCUUUAGAACGUGGCACCCAGCGGAAGUAAACAGAAGCAGCUAGUAGCGUUAGCUGCAUGAGUGUAAUGCAUGAAGUGAAGACGGGACAGAGUCACAGCGCAGCUCAUUAUUGGACGAGUUAAAAAAAAAACCAAUGAGUUCAGUUGAGAGUUUGAAUAUUUCUUCCGCAGCAGCAUUUAGUCGCUCGUUGACAAACUCUUUCAGAGUUUUUAAAACAACGAUCGUCCAGUACGAGGAAGAGAUCGAUCGGCAGCGCGUCAUGCUGGAUAUCUGCUGGAAACCCCGAGUAAAGUUACACAGGAUAGAGCUCCCACAGCAACAUGUCUGAGAGGAGGAGGAGGCUCUCGCUGACCAGCAGCUCUGUAACCAGGAGAGGAACUCCAGUCUGGACCAAGAGGACCCAGAGAUUAAAGAGGAACAGGAGGAACUUUGCACCAGUCAGGAGGGAGAGCAGCUUGUACUGAAGGUGGGGACGGAUACCGUCAUGUUGACUCCAACUUAUGAGGAAAAGUGACCACCGGGAAGCAGAACCAACCGGCGACCAACAGCUCCUCUCUAACAACUCUAGACCAAAAAGGAGGAAAACAUGGAGAGUCAGGUUCAGCUGGAGAUGGAGAGCCAAAGAAGAGACAUCACAGAAGCAAAAGUCACAGUGAUAAUGCAAAAAACUCUACCUCAUCAGACAUUCAACAUAACACUGACCCAGGUAAAAAGUCCUUCAGAUGUGGCACAUGUGGAAAGACUUGUAAGUUAAAGUCCCUCUUGAAGCAGCACAUGAGAAUCCACACAGAUGAGAGGCCAUUUUCUUGCCAAACAUGUGGGAGGACUUUCAGCUCUCGUGGCGACUUAAAAAAACAUACAAGAAUCCACACAGGUGAGAAACGUUUUAUAUAUGCCUGUCUAUAAUUUAUGUAUGAUUGUCUGAAGGCGACCAACAGAAUCAAUAAACUGACCCUUCCUUAUAAAGCCAAUUCCUUUUUGAAGUGUCUGUCACUUUUGUUUCAUUUGAGGUAUUUAUAACGUGAACAACUUGACGAUUGUGAUAAAAGAGGUUCAUUUCCAGUAGUUACUUUUUAAAAUUAGUUUAUUGUUAAUUUGUUGUUUCCUUGUAAGUACAUUGCCAGUCAGUGUCUUGAAUAUAACUUACAGUAAAAUAAACUGAUUAAUUGAUUUUAAUAACAUUCAAAAUGAGGAAGAAAGUGAUCAACAUCUAACCUUUACAUCACAAAAGUAGAGGAGGGAUACAAAAACUAUACAGUCUGCAGAGUUUUACAUUUAAAAGCCUAUUUUCUUCUUCUUGAGACCUUAUUAACACCUGGAUCUACGUUAAAUCAUGAGAUGAAUGUGAAAAACUACCAGCCAAGAGAAAGAGUUGAAAAGAAGGAGACCCCAAAGAGCUGCUCACCAAGUUCACUUACUUUUUUCUUCCCUGUAUUGUACUCUGCUGUAUUGUAGCUAGAAAGAUGUACAUCAUUUUUAACCUGUUUAUAUUUUGAAUUAGUUUAGCCAACUUGAUUUAUGGAUCAUGAACUCUGCUGCUGUGAAAUCAGACACCUGAAAUCAGGACUGUAAUGUUCUUCAUGUGACUGCACAUACAGUUUGAUACAUAUUGUCACCAUACAGCUUCCUGCAGCCUUUUUAUUAGACAGAUUACAUCACAAAAAGUGAAUUUGCUUUCAUCAACAAUGAGGAUUAAGAUUCUCAAUAAAGAUGAAUGAGAUUACCUUCAUCACAUGCAAACCUUCAUCUGCUGUGUGCAGCUGCCCUCUGCUGGUAGCUGUGAUAUCAUAUUCCGGUUUCACUUUCUUUUAACUUGAAACAAAUCUAUGAAAUGUUGCUUUAUUUCCAGCUAUGUAACUAAAGCUAUGUAGCUAUGUUUGCUGUGGGGUUGUUUGAUUUAAUACAAAUUAAUUGACACCCAAUGAUACACUCAGUUGAAGCAAAGUAUAAUUUCUUCACCAGGUUUACAAGCCGACCUCACCAGCUCUCAACUUAAAGUUUGUAUUCUGACUUUUGAGGCUCGUGGUGGCACUUUGGCUUGCAUUCAAAUGAUCAUUUAAAUCUAACUUCCCCUUUUUAUAGGGUGAGUACGGAAAUGUUUUCACAGGAACACGUUCACACUGGUGACAAAAGUUGCUGGACUGGUUUACUUUUGACAGCAGUGAUUGCCCUAGAGGAGGUUUCAGUCAGCUGAACAAGUUUGGUCUCAUUGUGGUGAGAUUGUUUUAUCAGACGUAAAAAUCUGCUGCCCAAAAGAACUAACUGGUAUUCAAAGAUGAAAGCAGUGCGAAUAUAUUUGCUGUUUCACGUUAUCAUGACAACCAGUGUCCUCGUGAACACCGUUAAUCCAUUCGAAGGAAUGUUUGGCUUUUUCCAGAAGUUCUGGAAGAAAGUGUACAAUCCACAGGAAAGCUGUGAUUCAACAUGGAUAUCCUUCAAAGCAGAAGGUCUUAAGAAUGACCUGGAAAACAAACUGUUUGGUCAACACAUUGCGGCAGACGUCAUCCUGAACACUGUGACUGGAUUCAUGAACAACAACAACCCACAGAAGCCUCUGGUUCUGUCUCUGCACGGACGGACCGGCACAGGGAAGAACUUUGCUGCUAGACUGAUCACUGAAAACAUCUACUCACAGGGAAUGGACAGCAAAUUUGUCCAUAUUUUCACAGCUGAUCAUCACUUCCGAUAUUUAAGUGAGAUUGAGACCUACAAGGCUCAGUUACAUCAGCAGAUCAAACACAAUGUCACCAACUGUGCACGCUCCAUGUUCAUCUUUGAUGAGAUGGAAAAGAUGGAUCCCGGCUUGAUUGACACCAUUCAGCCGUACCUGGAGCACUACAACAAACUGGAUGGAGUUUCUUAUCGGAAAGCCAUCUUCAUCUUCCUCAGCAAUGCUGGGGGGGCAAGUAUCACACAGAAAACUUUAGAUUUCUGGAAAGAAGGAAGAGAUCAAAAAGAGAUCAAGCUUUGGGACCUGGAACUAAAUCUCUCAGUAUCAGCAUUUAAUGAAAAUAGUGGCUUGAAGCAUUCAAGUUUGAUUAACAAGCAUCUGGUGGACUUUUUCAUCCCAUUUCUGCCUCUGGAGUACAGUCACGUCGUCCAGUGUGUCUUGGCUGAGAUGAAGGCCCAAGGACUUCAGCCAGACCACAAUGUGGCAAAGAAGGUGGCCAAAGAAUUAGUGUAUAUCCCCAAAACUGAGAGAAUCUUCUCCGCACAAGGCUGCAAGACGAUAGCAAGCAGGUUAUACUACAUAUAAUGUCAUAACGUGAUGGAUGUUUAUGAUAAUUAGGUGUACACACAAAUGGACACUUAACAAAGAAAAACACUCUCAGUCAAGUGUUGGUGCAAUAAGGAGAAGUCACUGGAUACUGAGCUCAAAACAAUAAUUGAUUCUUGUCUUUUAUUUAAUGCCAAGAAAACAGCAUAUAUGAGGUUAAAAGAAAAGCCAGUAUGCCAUUGAGAUGGGUAGAAGGGGUCUCUAUAUGAAAUGUGUUGGUUUCUUUGAGAUUAAUGAAUGCUACAUCUUCAUUAAUGUACACUGUAUGUUGUAUGGGAUUGGACCAUGGUUAGUGUAUAAAAGAGGGUACUAACUGAGGGUUGUUGUGUGAUUUAUGAAUGGGAAAAUGUUAAUGGAUAUAUAUAUAUAUAUAGGCCUGUCUGUACCUGGGGACCACGAUGCUGGUAUGUUUUCUUUGUAUGGUUGUAUGAAGGUGACCAACAGAAUCAAUAAACUGACUCUAACUUAUUUGAAGUCUCUGU